AAAUAGAACAAAAUUUAGAAGAAAGUAAUUAUCUUAGUAUUAAGAAUAUUGUAAAUUUGAACUAUAAAACAUUUCAAGAUAAUAAAUCUGAUAUUGAUAGUGAAAAAUCACAAAUUAAUAUUGAUGAAGAGAUUAAUGAAUCAGAUAAUGAAUUUGCAAUAAGUAAAGAAAGUCAAGAUAUUGAAAGUGCAGAUGAAGAUAUGAGUGAUAAUUUAGAUUUGAGUGAUAAUUUAGAUAUAAGUAAUAAUUUAGAUAAUGAAGAAGAUGUAGAUUUUGUUUCAGCAUUAGAUAGUGAAAAUUUAGCUAUUGCACAUCGAAAGGCAUGUCGUGAACAUUAUAAAUAA